AUGGCGGAUCGGACGGCGCCCCGCUGCCAGCUCCGGCUGGAGUGGGUGUACGGGUACCGGGGUCACCAGUGCCGCAACAACCUGUACUACACGGCCGGCAAGGAGGUGGUCUACUUUGUGGCUGGGGUCGGGGUGGUUUACAACACCCGCGAGCACAGCCAAAAAUUCUUCCUGGGACACAACGACGACAUUAUCAGCCUUGCCUUACACCCAGACAAAACUCUUGUUGCAACUGGCCAAGUUGGGAAGGAGCCAUAUAUAUGCAUAUGGGAUUCCUAUAAUGUCCAGACUGUGUCUAUUCUUAAAGAUGUCCAUACACAUGGAGUUGCCUGCCUGGCUUUUGACUCAGAUGGACAGCGUUUAGCCUCUGUGGGGUUGGAUGCCAAAAACACAGUCUGCAUUUGGGACUGGAGGAAGGGAAAACUUCUGGCCUCAGCCACUGGCCAUUCUGACCGGAUUUUUGAUAUUUCCUGGGAUCCAUAUCAGCCAAACAGAGUGGUUAGCUGUGGAGUAAAACAUAUAAAGUUUUGGACACUGUGUGGAAAUGCCCUGACUGCAAAAAGAGGGAUAUUUGGCAAAACGGGGGAUCUUCAGACCAUCCUUUGCCUUGCAUGUGCCAAAGAAGACAUCACCUACUCUGGUGCUUUAAAUGGUGACAUCUAUGUCUGGAAAGGGCUCAAUUUAGUCCGCACCAUUCAAGGAGCACAUAGUGCUGGAAUCUUUAGCAUGUAUGCUUGUGAAGAAGGCUUUGCCACUGGUGGGCGAGAUGGGUGUAUACGACUAUGGGACACUGAUUUCAAACCAAUAACCAAAAUUGAUCUCAGGGAGACAGAACAAGGAUAUAAAGGCCUCUCUAUCCGGAGCGUGUGCUGGAAAGCAGACCGUCUUCUAGCAGGAACCCAGGACAGUGAGAUAUUUGAAGUGAUUGUGCGAGAGCGAGACAAGCCGAUGUUGAUCCUGCAGGGCCACUGCGAGGGUGAGCUCUGGGCUCUGGCCCUGCACCCCAAGAAGCCUCUGGCUGUGACAGGCAGCGAUGACCGCUCUGUCAGGCUGUGGAGCCUGGCCGAUCAUGCCUUGAUCGCCCGCUGUAACAUGGAGGAGGCGGUUCGCAGUGUAGCUUUCAGCCCCGACGGAUCUCAGCUGGCCCUGGGCAUGAAGGACGGCUCUUUCAUUGUUCUCCGAGUCAGAGAUAUGACAGAAGUAGUUCACAUCAAAGAUCGAAAAGAAGUCAUUCAUGAAAUGAAAUUUUCUCCAGAUGGUUCUUACCUUGCAGUGGGAUCCAAUGAUGGCCCAGUAGAUGUCUAUGCUGUUGCCCAGAGGUAUAAGAAAAUUGGAGAAUGCAGCAAGUCCCUUAGUUUCAUCACGCACAUUGACUGGUCCUUGGAUAGUAAAUACUUACAAACUAAUGAUGGUGCAGGAGAACGAUUGUUCUACAAAAUGCCAUCUGGGAAGUCUUUAACAAGUAAAGAAGAAAUUAAAGGAAUUCCUUGGGCUUCCUGGACAUGUGUGAAAGGCCCUGAAGUGAGUGGAAUUUGGCCUAAAUACACUGAGGUUACUGACAUCAACUCAGUGGAUGCGAAUUACAACAGCUCAGUGUUGGUGUCCGGAGAUGAUUUUGGACUUGUUAAAUUGUUUAGAUUUCCUUGUCUCAAGAGAGGAGCCAAAUUUAGAAAGUAUGUGGGCCAUUCUGCUCAUGUCACAAACGUCCGCUGGUCCCAUGACUUUCAGUGGGUGUUGAGCACAGGAGGGGCUGAUCACUCAGUUUUCCAGUGGAGGUUUAUUCCAGAAGGUGUCAGCAACGGCAUGCUGGAAACUGCACCCCAAGAAGGUGGAACUGAUUCCUACAGUGAAGAAUCCGAUUCAGAUUUAUCUGAUGUGCCCGAAUUGGACUCUGAUAUUGAGCAAGAAACUCAAAUCAAUUAUGAUCGCCAGGUUUACAAAGAAGAUCUACCUCAGCUAAAGCAACAAAGUAAAGAGAAAAACCACGUAGUGCCCUUCCUCAAACGAGAAAAGGCUCCUGAGGACAGCUUGAAACUCCAGUUCAUACAUGGUUAUAGAGGCUACGACUGUAGAAACAAUCUGUUCUACACACAAGCUGGAGAAGUAGUCUACCACAUUGCUGCAGUUGCUGUUGUGUAUAACCGGCAGCAGCACUCCCAGAGGCUGUACCUGGGGCACGAUGACGACAUUCUUAGCCUGACCAUCCAUCCAGUGAAGGACUAUGUGGCUACUGGGCAGGUCGGAAGAGAUGCUGCUAUUCAUGUGUGGGACACACAAACUCUAAAAUGUCUGUCGCUAUUAAAAGGACAACAUCAGAGAGGAGUGUGUGCACUUGAUUUUUCAGCCGAUGGAAAAUGUCUGGUGUCGGUUGGUUUAGACGAUUUUCACAGUAUUGUAUUUUGGGACUGGAAAAAGGGAGAAAAGCUAGCCACAACAAGAGGACAUAAAGAUAAGAUAUUUGUGGUAAAGUGUAACCCACACCAUGUUGACAAACUGGUUACAGUUGGGAUAAAGCACAUCAAGUUCUGGCAACAAGCAGGUGGGGGCUUCACUUCUAAAAGAGGAACUUUUGGAAGCAUUGGAAAAUUGGAAACAAUGAUGUGUGUUUCUUAUGGACGAAUGGAAGAUCUAGUGUUCUCAGGAGCAGCUACUGGAGAUAUUUUUAUUUGGAAAGACAUUCUACUACUGAAGACAGUGAAAGCUCAUGAUGGGCCUGUGUUUGCUAUGUAUGCAUUGGAUAAGGGCUUUGUAACGGGUGGAAAGGACGGCAUCGUGGAGCUCUGGGAUGAUAUGUUUGAAAGAUGCUUGAAGACUUAUGCCAUUAAAAGAUCAGCAUUGUCAACUAGCUCAAAAGGCUUGCUUUUGGAAGAUAACCCUUCAAUUCGUGCCAUCACCUUGGGACAUGGACAUAUCCUGGUGGGAACAAAAAAUGGAGAGAUUCUGGAAAUCGAUAAGAGCGGCCCAAUGACACUACUUGUUCAGGGGCACAUGGAAGGAGAAGUGUGGGGGUUGGCAGCUCACCCUCUCCUGCCCAUCUGUGCAACAGUGAGCGAUGAUAAAACACUUCGCAUCUGGGAACUCUCCGCCCAGCACCGUAUGCUGGCAGUACGGAAACUCAAAAAAGGUGGAAGAUGCUGUGCCUUUUCCCCUGAUGGGAAAGCCUUAGCAGUUGGCUUGAACGAUGGGAGUUUCCUGGUUGUAAAUGCUGACACUGUUGAAGACAUGGUCUCUUUCCAUCACAGAAAAGAAAUGAUCUCUGAUAUUAAGUUUUCAAAAGAUACGGGAAAAUACCUUGCAGUGGCAUCCCAUGAUAACUUUGUGGAUAUUUACAACGUACUUACAAGCAAAAGGGUUGGCAUCUGUAAAGGUGCUUCGAGUUAUAUUACACACAUUGACUGGGACUCUAGAGGAAAAUUAUUGCAAGUUAAUUCAGGUGCCAAAGAACAACUUUUUUUCGAAGCUCCAAGAGGCAAACGGCAUAUAAUAAGACCUUCAGAGACUGAGAAGAUACAGUGGGACACAUGGACCUGUGUCCUGGGACCCACCUGUGAGGGAAUCUGGCCAGCACAUAGCGAUAUAACUGAUGUCAAUGCUGCCAGUCUUACCAAAGACUGUUCCCUUUUAGCCACUGGAGAUGAUUUUGGUUUUGUUAAGCUUUUCUCAUAUCCCGUCAAGGGACAGCACGCAAGAUUCAAGAAGUACGUGGGGCACAGUGCACACGUCACCAACGUGAGGUGGCUGCACAAUGACUCUGUGCUGCUCACAGUGGGCGGCGCCGACACAGCCCUGAUGAUCUGGACCAGGGAGUUUGUGGGGACCCAGGAGAGCAAGCUGGUAGAUAGCGAGGAGUCAGACACCGACGUGGAAGAGGAUGGAGGCUAUGACAGCGAUGUUGCUAGAGAAAAGGCCAUUGACUACACCACCAAGAUCUAUGCUGUGAGCAUCAGGGAAAUGGAAGGCACCAAGCCACACCAGCAGCUGAAGGAAGUUUCCGUGGAAGAAAGGCCACCCGUUAGCCGAGCAGCUCCCCAGCCUGAGAAACUGCAGAAGAACAAUAUCACCAAAAAAAAGAAACUGGUUGAGGAGCUGGCUCUAGACCACGUGUUUGGCUACAGAGGAUUCGACUGUCGAAAUAACCUGCAUUACCUUAAUGAUGGCACCGACAUCAUCUUCCACACGGCGGCGGCUGGCAUCGUUCAGAACCUCUCGACAGGGAGCCAGAGCUUCUAUCUGGAGCAUACGGAUGACAUCCUCUGUCUCACAGUGAACCAGCACCCGAAGUACAGAAACGUGGUGGCCACCAGCCAGAUAGGGACAACACCUUCCAUCCACGUGUGGGACGCCAUGACCAAACACACCCUCUCCAUGCUGCGCUGCUUCCACUCCAAGGGGGUGAAUUAUGUCAACUUCAGUGCAACCGGAAAGCUCCUGGUGUCAGUGGGAGUGGACCCUGAGCACACCAUCACUGUCUGGCGAUGGCAGGAAGGUGCCAAGGUUGCCAGCCGAGGGGGUCACCUGGAGCGCAUAUUCGUGGUGGAAUUUCGCCCUGACUCAGACACGCAGUUUGUAUCUGUCGGGGUCAAACAUAUGAAGUUCUGGACCCUGGCAGGCAGCGCCUUGCUUUACAAGAAAGGGGUCAUCGGGUCCCUGGGAGCUGCCAAAAUGCAAACGAUGCUCUCCGUGGCCUUCGGUGCUAACAACCUCACUUUCACGGGUGCCAUCAAUGGAGACGUCUACGUGUGGAAGGACCACUUCCUCAUCCGGCUGGUGGCCAAGGCUCACACAGGCCCCGUGUUCACAAUGUACACAACCCUUCGGGAUGGACUCAUAGUGACCGGCGGAAAAGAGCGGCCGACCAAAGAAGGAGGUGCUGUAAAAUUGUGGGACCAGGAGAUGAAGCGCUGCCGGGCCUUUCAGCUGGAGACAGGGCAGCUGGUGGAGUGUGUGCGCUCUGUGUGCCGUGGAAAAGGAAAAAUCUUAGUGGGAACCAAAGAUGGAGAAAUAAUUGAAGUUGGUGAAAAAAAUGCUGCUUCUAAUAUCCUGAUUGAUGGUCACAUGGAAGGGGAGAUCUGGGGCCUGGCCACUCACCCUUCCAAGGACCUGUUCAUCUCUGCCAGCAACGACGGCACAGCCCGGAUCUGGGACCUGGCUGACAAGAAGCUGUUAAACAAGGUGAGCCUGGGCCACGCAGCCAGGUGUGCAGCCUACAGCCCUGACGGGGAGAUGGUGGCCAUUGGCAUGAAGAAUGGAGAGUUUGUCAUCUUGUUGGUGAACAGCCUGAAAGUCUGGGGGAAAAAAAGAGACCGGAAAUCUGCUAUCCAAGAUAUCAGAAUCAGCCCAGACAACCGAUUCUUAGCCGUUGGUUCUUCUGAACACACAGUUGACUUCUAUGACCUCACUCAGGGCACAAAUCUGAACCGUAUUGGCUACUGCAAAGAUAUUCCAAGCUUUGUCAUUCAGAUGGAUUUUUCUGCGGAUGGCAAAUACAUUCAGGUGUCAACCGGUGCCUAUAAGCGCCAGGUGCAUGAGGUCCCCCUGGGGAAGCAGGUAACUGAAGCCAUGGUCAUUGAGAAGAUCACCUGGGCCUCCUGGACAAGUGUCCUGGGAGAUGAAGUCAUUGGAAUCUGGCCACGAAAUGCAGACAAAGCUGAUGUCAACUGUGCAUGUGUGACCCACGCUGGCCUGAACAUUGUCACAGGAGAUGACUUUGGGCUGGUGAAGCUCUUUGAUUUUCCGUGCACAGAAAAAUUUGCCAAACAUAAGCGAUACUUCGGUCACUCAGCUCACGUGACGAACAUCCGUUUCUCUUAUGAUGACAAGUAUGUGGUCAGCACUGGAGGAGAUGACUGCAGUGUAUUUGUGUGGCGAUGUCUGUAAAUGCCAGAAGCCUCUUAUUGCUGCUGCUGCUACCAGCCAGCAACUGCAGAGGCCAUGCUGAGGUGCCUCCUUGCCACCAGCCGUUGGGAAAUGCCUACCAUGCUGCCCCGGACGCACAAGCUCAAAAUGCUGCGGAAGUUACACAGCUGCUCCCAUAAUCUGGACUCUCCAAAACUGUGAUGCCAUGAAGGAAGGUCAAGUUGUAAAAUGUUAAGACUGCUUGCCUCUGCUCCUGAGACUAAACACUAUACAUACUAACUACAUUGACAAAAGAAAUCCUGAUGAUGUAGCCCGCUGACAAAUUUUGAAGCCUCAAUUACCCUAAACCAAUAUGUAGCUUUUAAUUUGCAUCAAAACUUUUACAAAGAUGUUUUGCUAUUGUUUCUAUAUACUUCAAGAAUGUUCAUUUUUACAAAUCAGUUGAACAAGACAGCCUAAGUUAGAUGCACCGAAGUACUAGAAAUAUCGCUAGCCUCUGUUCUCCAAUUUAGCUUUCAAAACCAAAUGAGCCAUGUAUAAAGGAGUUGAGAAACUUAAUUUUUUAAUGUUUCAUUUGCAGAGUUUUAUAUCCAUUAAGUGCCUUUGAAAGUUUCCAGUUGUGUGGGCUGCUGUCUCACCUCCCACCAAUUUCUCCUUUCUCCAUAUGGUGCUAAAACUUCAAAGCUGAGGAGGGCUGCAGGACCCUUAGCAGAUUCAGCAUGUCACCCUUGUCCUGUGUUCAUGCCAAGGCUUCCUAAAUGAAAGACAUCAGUUACCUGCUUAUGGGAAGGUGAGCAGCAAAGGAACUGAAGUUCGGGGUGGGGUAGAAUCAUGGGUUUUCAUUGUGUUUCGUGCCAAACCCACAGAAUCCAAAAUAGAAUUCAAAUUAAACAAAGUUCUACUAUAAAAUGGAAGGGAAAAAAGGCUCUGGAAGGUCCAGGAGAAUGAGCUGACUUAUCUCAUUAAAUCUUAAGAUAAAUGGGGUAACCCAAGGCUGCACCUUAUUGUACCACCCAGAAUGGAGUUGAGGUGACUCCAUUGAUUGCCUCAGGUGAACUAUGUAACUAUGUAGGUCAAGUCCAGAUUAUAAAAAAAUUACCUGCAGAACAAACUGUAAACCCAAGGAAUAGCUGGUAAAUCAAAAUUAUAAAGUGAGUUAGAGUUCCUUGGAGUUGGUUGUAUGACAGAAUAUGACUUGGACAAUCUUUACCAGAAGCCAUCUGUACGCCCCCUCAGUCACACUUUCCAUGUAGCUGACCAGUGACUACAGGAUGUGGCUGACAGUGCUCACUGAAAGGAGAGCUGGUGAGGGAUUGGUCGUUCUGAGCACAUAGAUGCCUAUUAGUCCUUCCUGGUCAGUGAACACAAAUUCGAGAUCUACAUUUACUGGCUACUUGCAUUUGUCAGUUUAGAGAAAAGGUAAAAUGAAGCAUUUUCAAUUAAAGAAUAGACUAACAUUUACCACAGAAGUGCUUCAGCAUUCUAAAUGGAUUAGAUCACUCAUUAAGCUAUUUUUAAAUGCCAAUUUACUAAUGCCUUACAUCAAUCCACGAAUAGGUUGUUGGGCCCACAGUAGAGUCCCUAUGCAGUCUCAAUUCUGUAACCAUGUGACUGGUGAUGCUGAGUGAUAACCAUGUCUGCCUAUAUUGUACUAGACUCUUCAUGCUGAUCAGAUCUUGCAUUGAAAUAACCACGUGAAAGAACAAUAAAUUGAUUAAUGAUGAAAUGUACAACCAUAUUUAAAGAGCAAUAGUGUCCGUGUGUCAUGAAAAACUUAUUUGUAAACGUUUAUAUGGUAUGAUUUUAUGUAUGUUCAUAAAUCCUGCACUGUAUGAUAUAUGUUAAAAUAUCGGUGCAUGAAUUUAUUUUCAAAAAGUAUGAAACACAUCACUUAAACAUUUUAUGUGUCAAAUAAAUUUGAUUAUGUAAACACA